AUGUGGACCGAGCCGGUCGUGCUGGGGAUCCUGUCCGUCGUCUUCCCCACGAUCCACAUGUGGCCUGGCUCGCUGGUGGACAACUGGGUCUCCUCCACGCACGGCCUUCUGAAGGGCCUCGAGCUGGAGGCGGGCCCCUGGAUGUGGGAGCCCGUCGCCACGCACCUCCGCGCCCCCGCGCGGGAGACCGGCGCCCCGGAGCGGCAACCCGCCACCGAGCUGACGGUGACGGGGCACAGCCUCGGCGCCGGCAUCGCGCAGGUCGCCGCCGCGCUCACGGGAGCCAAGCGUGGUCGCGAUCUCGCCGCCGGGGCUCAUGGAGAUCGGACGGGCUUCACGAAGCACCGGGAGAGGUCCUCCGCCAGCGGCACCGCGCUGCCAGCCGGCGGGGUGCACGCCGCGCACCGGCGCAGCGUGUCGGUGGUGGUCGAGGGCGACUGGAUCUCGCGGUUCGACUCGCACGCCGGCUUCGUGCAGACCAUUGCCUGCGACCGUUCCGACCUCGCCGUGUUCGGCGGUUGCCACCUGCUCGAGAGCACGAUCUGCCAGAUUCUCACCGCCUGCGGCGACCCGCGGGGGCGCUGGCAGCGCUGCGAGCACUCGUUCAAGCCCCACUCGGAGGUGGUGUCGCUGCUGAUGCAGCUGCCGGCCGAGGUAGCCCUCAGGAUGCGCAGCUGGUCCAGAAGCUUGGCUGGAGACGCCGCCCUCAAGACCGCCUGCGCUGCCAUCGCGGAGGACGAGGACGUCAACGAGGACGACAACGAGGACGAGGACGUCAACGAGGACGAGGACGUCAACGAGGACGAGGACGUCAACGAGGUUCCCGAGGCCCCAGUCUGCACGACUGUCGUUGGGACUCGCCUUGCCCUGCUCGGCCACUCCUGCGACUCCCGCAGGCAGAGGUGCUAG